AUGGCCACGGUCCGGCCUAGUGCUCCAGUCUCCCUCGUCCCUCCCAAACUCCCAUCUCUCAAGUCCCAAAUCGCACUUUCUGCCAGCGCCAUUCAUCCAUCACCGUCGAGGCUUCGACUCGACAAAGCUGCCAGCGCCAGCCUCCUCACUCCCUUCCUACUACUCCUCCUCACAGCCACCGGCCAACCUACCCUCCCCUCACAGGCGGCUGGAGUGGCGGAUUUGAAGUUGGAAGACCUUCAAGGAAUUAAAAAAGGGGGUGUAGACAAAGAAACAAAGGGGAAGAGGUCUAAGACUGUGAAAUGUAGUAGAUGCAAAAAGUUUUGAUACAAUAUAAAGACUUGUAAGAAUAGGUUAACAGUUAAGCAUAAGAAGGA